AUGGCGUCCACGAAUUCCGGCAUCACCACUGACGCCCAAACCGGGGAACGUUACAUCCCCUCUUCAGUCCGCCCGGACGGUUCCAAGCGUCGCGAGAUCCGAGUUCGACCAGGUUACCGUCCACCAGAAGAUGUCGAACUGUACAAGAACCGUGCCGCAGCGGCUUGGCGAAACCGUGGUUCUGGCGGGGUUCCAGGCGCGGAGGGGCUGAGCGAGGCGAGCGAGAAUAAAGCCAACACAGCGGCCAGCAACAAGAACGCGAAGCGGCGAGAGGCGAAGAAAAAGGCCAAGGCAGCGCAGGAAUCUGAGUCGACUCCGACAUCUACACAGGCCAACGGGCCAAGUGUGCGGGAUCUAGAGAACUGGCGUUCGGGUGCGUCUGCUGCUGAGAAGAAAGACUCUACCGCCGAGGCGCAGCCGGAAGUCGAUCCUGAAGCGGAGAAGGAGAAGAAAGCACGGAACCUGAAGAAAAAGCUCAGACAGGCGCGCGAUCUGCGUGACAAGAAGAACCAGGGCGAGGCGCUGCUGCCCGAGCAGUUGGAGAAAGUGAUCAAGAUCCAGGAGUUGAUUCGUCAGCUUGAUGCACUCGGCUUUGAUCCUAAUGGCGACAAGAAAGAUUUUACAGAGGAGAAAGAGGGGGAGAAGGAGAAGGAGAGUGUCUGA